CGACUGCCAUGGCAAACAAGCCCCCCCCCCAGCCCCUCGUCCAGGUCCCCGCCCUCUUCUCCAUAGUCGAGCCAGGCGUCUACCGCUCCGCCAGUCCCACUCCGUCGCAAGUGCCCUUCCUUGCCGGCCUCAAUCUCAAAACCAUCAUUUCCCUGACCCCGGAACAUCCCAUCAAGCCUCUUCUACAAUUCGUCCGUACAACAGGUAUUUCAUUUGUCCAUCUAGGGCUCACCCAUUGGCGCCGCCCGGGAACGGACUGGAGACCUGUCAGAUAUGAAAUAAUCAAAACCGCUCUCGAGGCGUACAUCUUGGAUACAAGAGCGCAUCCCGUCCUACUCAUCGAUCCGCUGGGGGUGCAUCAAACUGGUUGUCUUGUAGGAGCGCUGAGAAUGAUGCAAGGGUGGAACUUUGCUAGUGCUCUCAUGGAGUACCGUGCUCAUGCCGGAAGCAAGCACCGCUACGUCGAUGAACAGUAUAUAGAGUUAUUCGAUUCAGAUUUGAUAAACCUGCCAGCCCCCCAAUAUCGGCCUUCAUGGUGGCUGGCUUGCGAUGAAGCUGACCCGCAACAAGUCGAGGCAUUGGCAUCAUCCAGUGGGGGAGCAGGGUUACUCGCAGACACGAAUGGCAGAACUCAAUCAAUUGUCUAGAAGACUGGCGGGGUCUGCCGCCAUAUCAUUGCGAACUGGGAUUCACACUCCACAUCGUCGCUCGCUCCACCGUGAAGCCCACAAUGACUUGGGCCCAAUCCUCCGUGUCAGCGUUGGCUAGAGUUCACAUGUGGGGAGACCUCCAAACUCGGCUCCAAUUCGGCUCCGCGCGUAAGCCAAAGUGUCAUCUGGUGACUGAGCACGCCUCGAACCUCAUACGUGUUAUAGAAAUGCAGUCAUGAGAUAUAUUGCCAUUCAUACGUGCAAGUCCCCGUCUCUCCUUACCUCCCGAAACUUCCAGUGGCCUGAGCCGCACUGCCCAUAGCAGACAUCCUCU